AUGGGGCGGCUGUCGAUGGACCCGGACGCCCCCUCGGUGCCGCUGUCGCCCCCCGCCCUAUUGAAAUCCUACAAGUGGCGCACGGCGACCCCCGGGCCGGGCGGGGACCCCCAAAAAUUCGGGGUUUUCCCCCAAAAACUCGGGGGGUCCCCGGGGAGCCGGCGCUGGGCGCGGCUGCAGGGCUGGCGGCGCUCCCACAGCCACCCCGACACUGUCGGCGACAGCAGCGGCGACAGAGGGGGCGACAGAGGGGGAGGUGACAAAGGAGGCGACAAAGGGGGAGGGGACAGAGGUGUCGCCAAGGCCAGCGCGCGGCGGUCGCUGUUCAGGAGGGCGAUUUCGGCGCCGUGCAAGGCGGGCAAAGCGCCGCCCUUGGGGACAUCCCCGGCGUCCUUGGGGACAUCACCACCACCGUUGGUGGCCCCGGUGCCACCCGACGCCACCCAGGUGUGGGACGUGUCCCAGUUCUCGCUGCUGGACGGGCACCUGGUGCCACUGCCCAGGGACAACGAGCAGGGUCCCUGGCGCAGCAGGACCCGCGCCGGCAGCGCCGCCUCCGAUGGCACCAACGCGGGCAGGAGGGACCCUGACCCGGACGAGAGGGGACCCCGGGCUGAGCCCCCCCCGAGCUCCCAGCUCAGCAACGUCAAGGGGCUGCUGUGGAAGAGGCUCCUCAGGGACAGGAGAAGCCGCGGUGCCACCAAGGGUGACCACGGGGUGGUGGCAGCGCCCGACGGUGACAGGGUCCCCAGCCGCAGCGGAUCCCGCGAGUCCCUGGUGCCACCGCCCGAGCUGGACCUCACGGGUGACAACGUCAUCGUCCGGCCCGUGCACGGCAGCCUGGUGGGAGAGAGGUUCUGCUUCCAGGUGAUCACCCCCGCCGGCAGCCGCUCCUUCGGCUGCUCCUCCCUGGCCGAGCGCGACCGCUGGAUCGAGGAGCUGCGGCGGACGGCGCAGCCCAACAAGGACAACUGCGAGCGCCUGGACCUCUCGCUGUCCCUGUCCCUCUUCGAGGGCCGCCACCUCCCCGCGCGGCGCCGCCUCCGCUGCCACCUCCAGCUGGACGGCGCCGUCUUCGCCCGCACCACGGCCAAGCCGCCCGGCAACGACGGCCAACUCUUCUGGGGCGAGCUCUUCCACUUGGCCGCGCUGCCGCCGGCGCGCGCCCUCACCGUCACCUUGUGCCACCAGCACCAGCACCACCACGACGACCCCGCCGGGUGGCACCCGGUGGCCUCCGUCACCAUCCCGCUGGCCGAGCUGGCGGCGUGGCAGCCCCUGGAGCGUUGGUACACCUUGAGCGGCGCCGGCGUCGCCGAUCCGGCGCCGGCGUUGCGGCUGCGCGGGCGUUACCGGCGGGUGAGGGUGCUGCCCAUCGUGCGCUACAAGGAGUUGGCCGAGUUCGUCACCUUCCACUACCGGGAGCUGUGCGGGCGGCUGGAGCCGGCCAUCGCCACGCGGCACAAGGAGGAGCUGGCCGGCGCCUUGGUGCGCGUGCUGCAGAGCACCGGCAAGGCCAAGUCCUUCCUGACCGACCUGGGCGUGGCCGAGCUCGACCGCCUGGACGACCGCGAGGCGCUGAUCUUCCGCGAGAACACCUUGGCCACCAAGGCCAUCGACGAGUACAUGAAGCUGGUGGGGGCCAAGUACCUGCAGGACACGCUGGGGGAGGUGGUGGCCCAGCUCUGCAGCUCCGAGCAGAGCUUCGAGGUGGACCCCAGCAAGAUCUCGGGGCCGGAGCUGUCGGAGCACCAGCAGCACCUGCGGCAGGUGUGCGAGGAGACCCUGAGGCGCAUCACCGACGGCUCCGAGUCCUUCCCGUCGGAGCUGGCCGAGGUCUUCUCGGCGUGGUGGGACGCGUGCGCGGCGCGCGGCAAGGAGGACAUCGGCCGGCGCCUGGUGUCGGCCUCGCUGUUCCUCAGGUUCCUCUGCCCGGCCAUCAUGUCCCCCAGCCUCUUCGGCCUGGUCCAGGAGUACCCCGGCGAGGCCACCGCCCGCAGCCUCACGCUGGUGGCCAAGGUCAUCCAGAACCUGGCCAACUUCACCACGUUUGGUGACAAGGAACCCUACAUGACCUUCAUGAACGGCUUCCUGGAGCACCACUGGGCCACCAUGACCGAGUUCCUUCACGCCGUGUCCACCCCCGAGGCCAGCGCCCACAUGGCCACCUACGACGGCGUGGUGGACCUGGCCCUGGAGCUGGCCACGCUCCACCUGCUGCUCUGCGACAUCUUCUCCAGCCUCGACCAGGCCACGCAGGAGGAGCUGGAGCCUCUGCCCACCAUCCUCAGGGCCAUCAGGGAGGGGACACCUGUCCCCGUGUCCGUCCAACUCAGCUCCACCACGGGGAGAAGUCCCUCGGACCCCCCCCGGCCGGGAUUUCUCCCCCCUCGGGACCUCCCCAAGCACAGCCCCCUCCUCAAGAGCCAAUCCCUGACCAGCGUCCGCCGCCUCCGCGCCCACGACGAGGGGACGACGACGGUGCCACCCCCGGUGCCACCCCCAGUGCCGCCCUUGGGGACACCCUCGGUGUCACCCCCGGGGACACCGGAACCGGUCCCGGCGCGGCGCCGCCGCCACGUCCAGCGCACCCAGAGCGUGCCAGCGCAGGGAAAGGGGGCACGGUGCCCGCCCGAGGGUGACAGCGCGGCCGAGGGGACAGUGACACCGCCCGGGGGUGGCACCGGGGCACCGGGCAGCGGGGAUGGCCCGCCCCGGGGGAAGCUCCGCUCGUCGGCGUCGCUGCCCCGCAAGCCCUCGGUGCCGUGGCAGCGCCUGGCCGAGGACGCGGCGGCGCCGGGGGAGCUCUACGGGCUCAGGCCGCUCGAGAAGCACGGGCGGCUGCUGGAGGCGCUGCGGGCCGAGCUGGCCGAGCUGCGGCAGCGCCUGGAGCGGGCGGAGGCGCGGGCGGCGCGGGCCGAGGAGCGGCACCGGGAGCGCCUGGAGCGGCUGCGGGGGCAGCUGGACGAGGGCAACGCCCGCGCCGCCAACCUGGCCGCCAGGCUGACGGCAGCCGAGGGCACCCGCAGGAAGGACCUGGAGAGGCUGAAAAGCAACGAGGAGAGAGGGAGGGAACUGGAGCGGCGCCUCUCGGGGCUGGAGCAGGAGCUGCGCAGGGCCCGGGGCCACCACGAUGUCCCCAAAGUGUCCCCAAGGGGCCACCAUGAGCCUGGUGAUGACAGCGACGCCACCAGCGUGUGA